CCCGGCCCGAAAACGUUCCAACUCCCUCUCCCGCUCUCUCUGGUCUCCUGGAGCAGGUUUUAGGGUUUUUCUAGGGUUUCUCUUUCUCCCCCAAUCGAUGGAGAUCUCCGACGGUAACGGCGAUGAGGCCUCCACCUCCGUGUCUUCUCCGGAGGUGAAGAAAGUGAUGCUAAGGAGCUCGGACGGCGACGUGUUCGAGGUGGAGGUGAAGGUGGCGAUGGAGUUGGAGCCCAUCAAGAACAUAAUCGAGGACGACUGCGCCCACGGUGUCAUCCCCGUCCCCAACGUCUCUAGCUCCGCGCUUGCGAACGUCAUCAAGUACUGCGAGAAGCACGUCGAGGCCGACCCCGGGACGGAGGAGUACGGCGCCUCUCUGGAGGAUCUCCGGUCGUGGGACCUCGACUUCGUCAACAAAAUCAAGGGCAACCAUGACCUCCUCUUCGACCUGAUCAUGGGUGCACACUAUCUAAAUGUAAAGGGUUUGUUUGAUCUCACCUGCCAAACGGUGGCUGACAUGAUGAAUGGGAGAACCCCUGAUGUGAUUCGACUGAUGUUUAACAUAAAAAAUGACUAUACCCAAGAAGAAAUGGAAGAGGUGCAGAGGGAGAACGCAUGGGCUUUUGAAUGAAGUGGCCUAUCGAUCAGUUCUUUGCUUUUGAUAUGGUUAAUGUGGGUUAGAAGCAACAGGAGACCUAGAAAGAUUUUUCAGUCACACGUUUGCAAUCUCUUCUUUAGUCUUUGAAACAAAUUCACUUUAACUUUUUUCCUCGUUCUUGUUGAUUGUUGAACGUUUGGUAAAUGUUACAGUAUUUUGACAGAUGUGGGCUAUGCAUCUACUUUUGA